AUCAGUUAAUACAUAAUCCAAUUCGAGUCCGACUCAUAGUAAAAUUACCUAUCCAAGUACAAGUUUUGCAAUCUAAUGAAUAAAACCCUAGCCUUUCUACACCUCGAUAAGGGUUUAAUAAUAAUUAAACCCAUUGCGUGUUCUUGUUCCCUGUGGCCUGUAGGCUGUAAAUUAACAAUUUGUAUUUGAUUAGUGAGCAGAGGUUGAAGAAAAUUUGUUUCAGUACUUGAGAAAUUCACUGAAAUCGCCUGCUGUCUCCUGUCGGCAUCACCUGACCACCACCGUCCAACUACCGUCUGCCGCACCAGCCACCAGCCCUCCCGCACGCCUGCUCUUUUCUUCUCUACAAUCUCCAUCAUCAAUUGGACCAUUUCUCUUCUUUAAGAACAAAAAAUGGCAUUGAAUAAUAUUAGGUCGUUGAGAACUCUUAUGAGUUCAAUGGGGUCAAUGCGGGUCAUUGGCUCAAGGACAUAUGCUGCUGGGAAAGCAAAAAAAGCGGCUAAAGGAGGUGCAGCUUCUGAUGCUCCGAAGGUUUCAUCUCUUAGCAAAGAAGUUAAGGCCACCACUGUAGUGGGAGCCAACAUAUUUAAAGAUGGCACCGAUCCUAAGAUACGACCAGAUGCCGAAUACCCAGAUUGGCUCUGGCACCUCCUUGAUAAGAGGCCGGCAUUGAGUGAGCUGCAACGGCAAGAUCCUGAAGCUCUCGCUUUGGAAGAUCUUAAACGCUAUGUAAAGCUGGAUAACCGAGUUAGAAUCAAGGAAAAUAACUCAGUUAGGGCCAAGAACUAGUAGGGGGAAACUCUGAAUAGUUCCCUCUUUUGCCUAUUCCUACCUUCAGAAAUUGGGAAGUGGCAGCACGUAUCGGAGCUUGAUUCUCAAAAUGCAAAGUGAAGAAGUUUGACUGGUACUCAUACCCUGUCUUUCUUUUCAGUUUUGAUAAAAUACUGUAUAAUUGUGUCUUACUCGUCUCAUGUUCUGGAUGAAAUUUCACGUACGGUGACAGUUAAAUUCAUGCUGGCCUUCCUUCCCCAUGUUUUCAGUACAAUUUCAUUACUUAGAUUGGUUGAAUCAUGAAGAUAAAGCACCUUAGUUUUCUGUUUGA